AUGGUGCUCACUGACAAGCAGCGACAGGAUCUUCAUCAAGCCAUGCUGGACUACCUCGUCGGCAUGGGCGAACGGUUCGCUGCCACAGCCGCUGCCUUUGAGAACGAAGCAGACGUGACCAAGUCCAGUGAUGGCAAACACGCCGGUCUGCUGGAGAAAAAGUGGACGUCCGUCAUUCGCUUGCAGCGCAAAGUCAUGGAACUCGAGACGAAAGUGGCGCAGCUGGAAGAGACGGCGAAACUGGGCGGCGUCUUGAGUCGCAGGGACGUGCUCGGGGCCCGUCAGCGAGCAGAGUUUCUACCACGAGUGCCUGCCAAGCUCACGCUGACGGGGCACCGCUCGCCCAUCACCUGCGUGGCUUUCCACCCCGUGUUCAGUGUGUUGGCUUCAGCCAGUGAAGACGCGACGGUCAAGGUCUGGGAUUUUGAGACGGGCGACUACGAACGCACGCUGAAAGGCCAUACGAAUCCCGUGCAGGCCGUGGCUUUUAAUGGAUCGGGCUCGUUGCUAGCGUCGACGUCAACGGAUUUGUCAGUAAAGAUCUGGGACUUUUCCAGUGAUGGCGACUACGAGUGUCUAAGGACGCUGCGUGGCCACGACCAUAACGUCUGCGGGGUCGUGUUUGCACCGGACUUGGCAAGUGAUCGACUGUACUCGUGCUCGCGUGAUAAUACGAUCAAGGUGUGGGAGCUGUCGACCGGCUAUUGUGUCAACACACUCAACGGCGGCCACAGUGACUGGGUGCGCGAUGUUGCCGUGAGUGAUGAUGGACUGUACUUGGCAUCGUGCGGCAAUGAUCGCUCGAUUCUCUUCUGGGACUUACAACACAUGCGUAUCGUGCAGUCUAUUCGAGAGCACGAGCACGUUGUAGAGACUGUUGUUUUUGCCAAGACAGGGAUUCAAGAACAGGUGAUCGGACGGGCACACGCCAAAAAGCUUGCAGCUUCAGGAGCCUUCACGCCGGCUAGCGAAAACAGUUCUCACGAGUACAACAGUCACGAGAUGACUAGCAGCACUGCAGGGGAGCCGUCUGGGGCGGUUAUCAGCACCGCUGCUUCUAGCAAUCAUCGCGUGAAGUUUCUCCUGUCUGGGUCGCGUGAUCGCACAGUACGUCUUUGGGAAGCCUUCAGUGGCAUACAACUCAUGCUCUUCACGAGCCACGAGAACUGGGUGCGUGAGGUUCGCUUUCACCCUAGCGGAAAGUAUGCACUCAGUGCAGGUGAAGACAAGACUAUUCGCGUCUUCGACAUUGAGUCUGGUCGCUGCGUACGAACGCUGGAUGAGGCUCACAGCCAUUUCGUGACAUGUCUUGACGUCCACCCAAGCCUUCCGCUGAUUGUUUCAGGUGGCAUUGACAAAAUUAUCAACGUGUGGGAAUGUGUGUAA